AUGGACUUCAGCAACACUUCAAACUUUCUGCCUCCUCACACUGGUGAGUCUCGUCUUGGGGAUGAUUCUGCUUGGUUUUGCAGGAUGACGACAGGCGCUGCCUCACGAGGUAAAGCACGAUUGGGUGAUGAUGACGAUGAUACUAUUAUGCAGGGCACUACACCGGCUAGAAUAGAGUCUAUGAGCCCAGUCAUUGACUGGAAGGACACCAUCCCACCAGAGGAUCGUCAAGUGAUUUUUACUCAGGAAUUUAUCCCUCCUGUGAGGGACGAUUUUCAGGAUCUCGGAGACCCUCAGUUCGUGGCGGAAUAUGUGAAUCCAAUCUUCAUCAAUAUGAAUGGCGUUGAACAGAAAUACAGACAGGCUAAUGACUACAUGCAGAGGACCCAGAAUGAUAUCACUCAGCGUAUGCGUGCAGUGCUGAUCGAUUGGUUGGUGGAGGUACAUUGGAAAUUCAAGUUGCCGUCUUCCUUCGCCUUGAACGAGCCGUUGUUGAUGAUAUUUGACGACUUCCUUACAGCUGAGGAAUGCGAUAGGAUUGUGAAACUGUCCCUUAAACAGUCUGAAGGUACUGUGUUUACGAAUAAGUUGAGAAUUGCAUUGCCAGCUAAAGAGAGUGAGAAAAUAGUAUCGGAGGACGCGGAGUUUCUUGGGAAGCUCGAGGAGCGUAUAGGGGAGGUAUGUCAAUGUCCUCCUCACGAUGGUGAAGUCCCUCUAGUAGCGAUGUUAACUCCACCGAGCAAACGGCCUUCGGAUGGAGUUGAAAAACGACUUCAUUUGGGACUACAUGUUGAUACCAAUGGUAAUCGUCCUUUUCGUUUUUGCACUGCUAUCAUUUACCUUUCGGAUGUCGAGGAAGGUGGCGAAACUGUUUUCCCGGUCUAUAAGUUGAAUCAUGAUAAGUAUCCUUUUCCUCAGGUUUAG